UAUUCUUCAAAUUGUUGCAACAAAAUCAAAAUGAAAAUGCUUCCGGUACAGUUAUCAUUGAAUCCGCCUUUAGGCUUAUGGAGCGAUAUGUUAUGGCGUUGCCCACCAGCACCGCCCAGCCAAUUGGCCGAGCUUAAAACACAAUUACCACCCUCAUUGCCGUCAGAUCCACGCCUAUGGAGCCGUGAAGAUGUGGCCGUAUUCUUGCAUUUCUGCGAACGUGAGUUCGAUUUACCCAAAGUCGAUUAUGAUCUCUUUCAAAUGAACGGUAAGGCAUUGUGCCUGCUGACACGAGCUGAUUUCGGCCAUCGGUGUCCGGGAGCUGGCGAUGUCUUGCACAAUGUCUUACAAAUGUUGGUGAUCGAAUCGCACAUGAUGCAGUGGCAUUUACCAAAUAGUCCUGUCACGCCAACCAGCCGUUAUCCUCUUUCGCCGCACAGUCAUCCACCUACCCCGACUUGGCCGCCCAUUGGGGCGCCAGAAAGUGCCUUCCAUCAGACCUCACAUUUAGCUCCACAUCAUUUCAUGCCACCCAAUUCGGUGACCCUUAGUCCCCCGCCUUCUGUAGAUUCGCAAGCCAGCAGCCCGCCCCAAAGCCAUGAUCAAGCACAACAGCAACAGCAGAAUGGAACAUCAAAUUCCCCAUCCUCCUCGUCGUCGUCAUCAUCAUCGUCGGCCCACAAUGGCAAUAGCAGCAGCAGCAGUAGUACAAGUAGCACGGGUAGCACUUCGUCAGCAUCUGCACAGGCUACAGCUGCGGCGGCAGCAGCAGCAGCGGCGUUGAGCGCCAGCAAUGCUUUCAGUGCCUUAAAACAGCAGCAACAUAAUGCCACCAGUGCCAGUAGUCAUCAUUCGGAUUCAGAUGAGGAAAGCUAUUCUGAACCACCUGCAGCCAACAGUACAAUUGUGAAUUUCUCCGCCCAAUCUUAUCAAGCGGCGGCAGCUGCUGCAGCAGCCGUGGCCCAAUAUAACAACAGUCCGCCCACAACGCCCAUUCUCAAGGAUAUGCCACAAAGCUUGAAACAACAGAUCAAGAACACCUUUGUCAAUUCAUGGUCUCAACAGCAACAACAACAGCAGCAACAACAACAUUUGAACUUGGAACAACAAAAACUACCCAACUUGGGAGGUGGUUCAGUAUCAGCGCCCACCACACCCAGCUACAUGCAACCAGUGAAGAGGGAAUUCUUCCCCGACAAGAGUGACAAUCGUUAUAUGCAACCAGUAAAACGUGAAUUUUUCCCCGAAAACACUGAACCCAACACAAAUGGCCGCUUGUUGUGGGACUUCUUGCAACAGUUGCUCAACGAUCGCAAUCAGAAAUACAGUGAUCUGAUUGCUUGGAAAUGCCGUGAUACUGGCGUCUUCAAAAUCGUGGAUCCCGCUGGUCUGGCCAAAUUGUGGGGCAUCCAAAAGAACCAUUUGUCCAUGAACUAUGACAAAAUGUCACGUGCCUUGCGUUACUAUUACCGCGUCAACAUCCUACGCAAAGUCCAAGGUGAACGUCAUUGCUAUCAGUUCUUGAGAAAUCCCACAGAGCUGAAAAACAUUAAAAAUAUUUCCCUGCUAAGACAAUCGGUGGGUCAGACGAAUGGUACAAAUGGCAGCCCUGGAGCUACUAAUUCAAAUGGUAGCAACUCAAAUGUUAAUCAAUCGCCUUCCUCGAUUACGAAUUCCCCAACCUCCAAUGGUACCAACUGGGCCAUGCCAACCCAAACUCCAGCCAGCCAGAUGCAGACUCCACAAAGACCUUCAUCGCAAGGCAAUCCCAAUCACUUGACUUUGCCCAAUGGUAUUUCAUCUGCUGCCGCUGCGGUGGCCGCAGCUGCUGCUGCCGCCUAUGGUCCGCCACCAUCUUCACCGUUGUUUAUGCAUGCCAUUAAUGGAGCCUUCCACUAUUUGUCAUCCAACGGUGUACCACCAAAUUCACCCGCUGCUCUGCCCACAACACCCAAUGAGAAAUUCCAAUUCAACAUUAUGAAGAAUGAACCAAAUGCAGUAUCGCCGCAUGAGACAUCCGGUCCAUCAUCCGAUGAAAUGAAACCCACAGAUUUGAGUGUAAGCGGUAGUGUCGAGAAGAGACCCUAUUCCAGUCCAUCGGCCAAUGACGAUUGCUAUCCAUUAAUACGAAAUGCUGAUGGCUUGACAACAAUUAAAUUAAUACGUUACAAUGAAAACGAAGGUGGAGCUGCAACUCAACAGCAAAAUUCAAGUCUGAAUGACAGCAACGACAAUCAACAACAACAGCAGCAGCGUAAUACACCAACACCCAUGGACAGUGAAUCCAGUGAAAUGGAAUCCAGUCCCAGCCAUGACAGCAUGGGUGCCACAGAUCUGCGAAAGUAA